AUGGAAAAAAGAAUUGGAAAUGCUGUACCUGGUGAUUCGAUUGGUGAAGAAUUUAUGGGUUAUGUGUUUAGGAUUACCGGAGGUAAUGACAAACAAGGAUUUCCUAUGAUUCAAGGUGUGUUGACUAAUCAUCGUGUUCGUUUAUUAUUUAAGAAAGGUAUGAAAUGUUAUAGACCAAGAAAAAAAGGUGAAAGGAAAAGAAAAUCUGUAAGAGGUUGUAUUGUUGGUCAAGAUUUAUCAGCUUUAAAUUUAACCCUAGUUAAGAAAGGAGUAAAUGAAAUUCCAGGUUUAACUGAUAAAGCCGUAGGUAAAAAAUUAGGACCAAAAAGAGCUAGUAAAAUUAGAAAAUUAUUUAAUCUAGAUAAAACAGAUGAUGUAAGAAAAUAUGUUAUUGGUAGAGCUAUUACUAAAAAUGAUAAAACCAAAUUUAUUAAACCCAAAAUUCAAAGACUUGUUACAGAAAAAAGAUUAUUAAGAAAAAGAAAUCUCAUACAAGCCAAAGAAAAAAGAAGAUUACAAAAAAAACAACAAUUAAAAGAAUAUAAACAACUUCUUCAAAAAUAUAAAGCACAACUUAAUCAAAAAAAAGAUCUAGAAACUGGAAAAAAAAAAAAAGUCAAAAAAACCUUAGCCAAAACUAAUAAAAAAACAUCCAAUUCUAAGCUAAAUACAAAAGAACACAAAAAAAAUGAAACAGAAAAAAAACAAAACAAAGAAAAAACCACAACUAAAGAUAAUAAAACAGAAAAAAAAGAACAAACAAAAUUAAAAACAAACACUAAAAAAAACGAUCAACAAACAAAACAAAACAAACCAGACAAAAAAAAUAAAGCCAAAAAAUAA